UUAGGGUUUAAAUUAAUGAAAAAGUGAGACGUAAUUGCCGCCUUCUCAAUCCAUCAUCUGAUUGGUAUUUGUGAGUUGGGACGCGCCGCCGCCGCUGCGGCAUUUUCUUUCUCUUUCCACAGCUUUCCGCCGCUUCUCCUUCAGUAAGAAACUAGAAAGAGAGCAGAGCAGAGCAGAGAGAGAGAGGGAGAGAGAGCAAACCAUAAAAAGCCAGCAAUGUGCGGGAGAAGUCGCUGUACUCUGAGGAUCGAUGACUUUCCUAGGGCUUGCCACCUUAACGCUUGUCCUCUCCGUUCCCUCCACAUGGACCGGUUCCAGCCGUCUUAUAAUGUUUCGCCUGGGAGAUAUUUGCCGGUGGUUCGGAGGGAGGAUGGCUCCGACGGUGACGCUGCGGUUCUCCACUGUAUGAAGUGGGGCCUAAUUCCCAGUUUCACCAAGAAAUCCGACAAGCCUGAUCACUACAGGAUGUUCAAUGCUCGUAGUGAAUCUGUUCGUGAAAAAGCUUCUUUCUGCCGUCUUCUUCCCAACAACAGGUGCUUGGUGGCUAUGGAAGGAUUCUAUGAGUGGAAGAAAGAUGGGCACAAAAAGCAGCCUUACUAUGUUCAUUUCAAGGAUGGCCGGCCUCUUGUCUUUGCUGCUCUUUAUGAUUCCUGGAAAAAUUCAGAAGGAGAGAUUCUUUAUUCCUUUACUAUCAUGACAACUUCUUCAUCAUCAGCUUUAGAGUGGCUACACGACAGAAUGCCUGUUAUUUUGGGGGACAAGGAAUCAACGGAUACAUGGCUAAUGGGUUCCUCAGCUUCCAAAUUUGACACAGUACUGAAACCGUAUGAAAAGGCAGAUCUGGCGUGGUAUGCUGUGACAUCUGCGAUGGGUAAGCCUUCUUUUGAUGGACCAGAAUGCAUCAAAGAGAUAAAGUUGAAGACAGAGGAGACAAAACCCAUUUCAAAGUUUUUCACAAAGAAGGGACGCCAGGAGUCGUCAAUCCCACAAGCAGGAGGAAGCACCAAGUUGAAAGAAGAGGAAGCUGAGACGCCCGAUGAAGCACCAGCUCAUCAUCCUUUUCACACAUUUGGAGGCAAUGACGAGUCCAAGCCCAAUGUCACGUCGUCUUCUUAUCCAGCUGUCAAGCGAGACUAUGAGGAAUUUUCAGCUGAAACUGAAAUGAAGCCGUCGUCUUGUGGGAAAGCUGACGAACUAGAGACUAGUAGUCAGCUGAGAAAGAAAGCAAACUUUGGCGCUGCAGAUGAUAAACAACCAACUCUGUUUUCCUACUAUGCAAGAAGAUAGUAAUCACAUGCAGGUGCUUGUAGUCGUCCCAUGCCGGGUGGAACUAUAUAUAGAGUAGUCAGUCAGUCACAUAUCCUCGCACUGUACUGGGACUUUUGUUACACUGUUAGUGUUGUCCCUCGGAAAUCAUUAAAUGUAUGCAAACGUCUUGUUGGCUUUGGUUUAACAGACAUCGUAGCCAUGUACAUCUAUGUUGUGUAUUAGAUCGAUGUUGAUGAUA